CUAUAUAUAUAUAUGGACCAUACAUGAAUAAAAGCCCGAAUCACUUCGCUAGAUUCUCAUCUUCUCAAUCCACAAAAAUAGAAAGUUCUUAUACCGAUAAGAGAGUAUGGACUCUGCCCUAUAUGUCUUUAUACUAUUCAUCUUAAUCCUCAUCUCUAAAUCGUUUUCUCAAUCGGUAAUCCAAAUCAGGCCAGAAAACCACAACUCCAUCGCCGCCGAUCUGAUCUCCGCGGGCCGGAAAGUUCUGAGGGACGAUAAUUUGUACUGCGAAAGCUGGAGAUUCUCCGUCGAGACCAACGACGCCGGGAAAUGGAUUCAGGUUCCGGCGAAGUGUGCAGACUACGUGGGCAAGUACAUGACCGGCGAUGCGUACCGGUCGGACUCAGAGUUCGUGGCGGACGACUCGCUGGCGUUCGCGAAGACGGUCAAGAUCGCCGGAGACGGCAAGGAUGCUUGGGUAUUCGAUAUCGAUGAGACUUUGCUGUGCAACGUGCCGUACUACGCGCAACACGGGUUUGGAUCAGAGGUAUUUGACGAAACCACUUUUGAUGAGUGGGUGGAUUUGGCUGAGGCCCCUGCCUUACCAGCAAGCUUUCGGUUGUACAAGGAGCUCAAACAGCUGGGAUUUACGAUAUUUCUGUUAACCGGAAGGGAUGAGUCCGAAAGAAACGCUACAGUGAAAAACCUACAAAAUGCUGGGUACAGCAAUUGGGAAAAGCUUAUCUUGAGGGGAACUUCGAACGUGGGCGAACCGGCCAUUGUCUACAAAUCUGAGAAGAGAAAGGACUUAGAAGGUGAAGGUUAUAGGAUCCAUGGAAGCUCUGGGGAUCAGUGGAGUGACUUGUUGGGCUUUGCAGUGGCCACACGAUCUUUUAAACUCCCAAAUCCAAUGUAUUACAUUGCUUGAUUAAAAAAAAUAGAAUGUCGUAAAGCCUUUCUUUUCUUUUUUUCCCCCCUUUAAUAAUGAGGGCUUAACCUGCUCGCCAUGAUUCUUUUGAACAAUUUCCAGGGCUCAUUAAUGUUAUGACUAGUUUCAGAGGUUUACUA